UCCUUUAUUUGAUAUCAGAGAGCCCAAUGGAGUCUGCUGAAGAACCUAGUCAGACUAGCAAAGAUAAUUUUUUAGAAGUUCCUAAUUCAUCUGAUUCUCUUUAUGAGGAUGAAGAAGUUAAAGCUGCCUUCAAACUUGGUUUCUCCCCCCAACCAAGUAGACGGGGUUCUGAUUCUUUUGAAGAUAUGUAUCUGGACACUCCACCUUCAGGUACAAGAAGAGUUUCAUUUGCUGAUACCUUUGGAUUUAAUCUUGUGUCUGUCAAAGAAUUUGAUUGCUGGGAAUUACCAAGUGUAUCAACAAAUUUCGACUUAAGGAAUGAUAUUUUCCACACAGAAUAUUUUUUAUCACCAUUAUUUGAUUUGCCUUCCUCAAGAGAAGAUCUUAUGCAACAUCUUCAAGUACAAAAGGCAGUAUUGGAGUCUACUGAGUAUUUGCCUGGGUCUACAUGUAUGAAGGGUAUUAUUCGAGUGUUGAAUAUUUCUUUUGAGAAGUUAGUAUAUGUAAGAAUGUCCUUAGACGAUUGGCAGACACAUUAUGACAUUUUAGCAGAAUAUGUUCCAAAUUCAUGUGAUGGAGAAACUGACCAGUUCUCCUUUAAGAUUUCAUUAGUUCCUCCUUAUCAAAAAGAUGGCAGUAAAGUUGAGUUUUGUAUUCGUUAUGAGACUUCUGUUGGUACAUUUUGGUCAAAUAAUAACGGCGCAAAUUAUAUACUGGUUUGCCAAAAGAAAGAACAAGAUCUGGAACCUAUAAAGCCCCGGGAAGAAGUUCUUAGUAGACAAAUAAAAGGUUGUUUAAAGGUAAAAUCAAGUAAAGAAGAAUCAUCAAUAACAUCAAAUGAGAAUGGCUGUGAGAACUCAAAUGUUACAGAUACCUAUAUCCCAACAAUUGUUUGUUCUCAUGAAGAGAAGGAAGACUUGGAAGCCAGUGAUCAAAAUGUGAAAGAGCAUGAUGAACAUAAUGAAAAAGAAUUAGACUUGAUGAUAAAUCAACAUUUAAAAAGAACUGGACAUACUGCCUCCAGAGAUGAAAAGAAUACAUUUUCAACAGAUACAGUCAAUUUGCCAAAUAAGUCUGAUGGUUUAGAGAAGAAGCAAAAGCAUGGCAAAGUAUGUACUGACUUGUUUAAAAGGCCUUUGUCUCCAAGUUCAUCAAUAGAAAGCUCCAUAGAAAGACACAUUCAUCACAAUGAAAAAUGUCCCUCAGAAAAGGAGUAUAUUCAUCAAACUUUAGAAGAAACUGCUUCAAAUGUGGGAGAAAUCAAGCUAUUACAGGGUGAUACUACGAGUGAUGAGUUAAUACAAUUAAAUAGGAACAGAAAGGAAUUAUUAGGUGAUAAUGCUAAUCCAGCUCAAGAGAGAGACAAAAAGCAACUAUCUUGUCCCUCCUCAUUCCAACUAAUUAUAGACAACCCUAAUACAACACAUGAGGAAAGAGCUAAGGAAGUUGAAAUGGAAGAUGGGGAAUAUUUAAGAAGAAGUUUCCCUUCAAAUGAAUCUGUAGGCAAAGGGUCUUCCAAAAGUGGAGAUGAGGAUGAUCAGAGAAUAUUUUCAGGUGUUAGUGAAGAACAAAGAAAUUUUCAGUCAAUCUUAAAAGACCAAGGGAGAAAGACAAGACACUCUGACCUAAGUAUAGAAGAAACUGGAGCUAGUAAUAGAGAUCUCACUGCUCUGCCAUGGAAUUACACCACAAUUUCUACCCAGAUAACCACAGCAGAUAUAUUUCCAUCACUAAGGGCAAAUCUAAAUUGGGAAGAAACUGUGUUAACUGCCCCACAACAUAAUCCCUUGGCUAGUGAAGGCUGCACUUUAGGAGGAACUUCUGGUCAAGUGUGUUCACCAAAAAAUGAAAAUGUUUUGGGUAAUGAUUACACUUUCCAAGUUGUAAAAGAAGAAUCAGAGUGGAUUUAUCCUGAAGAUUGGAAUAGGAAUGUACCAUAUAAACAAAAUUGGAAAGUCCAGAAAAGUCAAGGAGAAGUAAAAACGAGUAUAACAAAUAUGACAGGGCAAAUCAAAGAACAAAAGGAUUAUGAGGAUGUGAGGGGAAAAAGUGAUAAUACAAGGAGCUUAAGAGCUACUACUACUGGAAAAUUGUUUACCUGCCAAGAAACAGUGAGCUGUAAACUGUCUUCUCUAGCUGAUCAUGGUAAGACUGAGAAAGCAGAAGCAGGUACAGCUUAUAUAAUUAAGACAACAUCAGAAAGCAUGUCUGCUAGAGAAAACGCAAUAAUUGCUAAGCUAUCUCAAGAGACAGCACAAAGUGACAGGCCCACCGAGGUAAAGGAAACAGUGUUUGAUCCACAUGAAGGGAGAAAUGAUGAUUCACAUGAUACCCUUUGUCAACGAGAUACAGUACAUGUAAUCUAUGACAACGAUUCUGAAAAGGAAUCAUGCCUAGGUAUUUGUAAUGUACAUGUAGAUGAAACAAAGAAGGAAGAUACCAUAUCUAUGUACAAUCCUGGAAAAUUACAUGACAGAAAGAAGCAUGGGAUUGGAAAUACAGCAUCUGUAGAAGAAUCCUUACAGCUCAUUAAAGGUAAUCAAAAGGCAGUCUCCACACUGGAUUUACAUUUGGGAGUGUUACCAACAGACACAAAAAUAUUUCAAGAAAAUAGAGACCAUGAACAAAUCCAAGAAUUUUCAAAGAAAAUGAAUGCAGAUACCUUUCACCUUUCUGCUUUGAAUUCAGACAAUAAUAGAGUUUCUCCUAAAGACUCUCAAGUUGUCAAUCAUCAUGGUAAAACUUCAGCAUCAUCUCAUAAACAGGAAAUUGCUAUAGAGAAUAAACUCACUACUAUGGCUCUCCAGUCUAUGUCCACCAAGUCAGAAUAUAAUUGUAACCCAACAAGUGAAAUGCAGAGUAUUGAAAAGUAUUGUCAUCCUAGCUCUAAACCUGAAGAAGUUUCCAAAAGUUCAGAAACAUUAACAUCAAGUAGUAAAAGAGAGAGAUGUGUAAGUCGUAUUUUACGAAUAGGAGAACGCAAUGUGGGAAAAUCUCUAGGACCAAUGAUUUUGGUCAGUGAAGCAUUUGAGAACAUGAAAGAGGCAAAACACGAAAAUGCAGGAUUAGUAAACUCUGGACAAUUGCUCUGCCCUUCAGAUGACAAGGACUCUGAGAGCUCUGCUUCAGCUAGUCUCUCUGUCCAGGAAAGCCAAGCUCAAAGCAGUGAAUCUCUUCUUUCAAGAUACACCCACUCAAAAAUGUCUCAUUUACUUUUGUUUCUGAUAUUUCUUGCAACCAUCUACCACUAUGACUUAAUGAUUGGAUUGGCAUUCUACCUUUGUUCAUUGUUCUGGCUAUCUUGGGAAGGAGGGAGACAAAAAGAAUCUGUUAAAAAGAAGUAACCUCAGCAUUUUUGCUAUUCUUUCUUAAAAGAGAAGCUAUUUGGUCCCAUACAUUUGUAUUGUUGAAAGAGACUGUUCAUUGUUCAAAGAGCCAGUGCAGUUUUUCUCUUGAAGGAUCAUUUAAAAAGGAAUGCGUAUGAAGUUUUCUCCUUCAUAUAAGUAAUUAUUCUAUAUAGGACCAUUAUGUUUGGAUCAUUAAAUACCUAUAUGAAUAUGAGAUGUGAAGCACGUCAAGUUGAAAUUAGGUACAGCUGUUGCUCCUUAGCAGGCUAUGAAGUUGUAAUGCUUCACAUCUCUUCACUACUUAAAGUGCCAUUUCUUGCAUUCAUUUCUUUUGCAAUAGAGCUUCAUUUUUCCCCCUGAGAGCAUUUUCCCCCUACAGUUUUAAAAACAGAUAAAACAUGGACAAUGGCAGAGGGCUAUUUUGGUCUUUAAGUAUUAGCUGUGAAAUUUGCAUUUGCCACUUUGCAUUUAUCAGCAUAUAUGAAAGGCUGAAUCUUUCAACUUAUAUUUCUUAGUUUUAAGAACAGCACAAUAUGUAUCAAAUAUGCAAGCUUAAACAGAAGAAACACAGUUCUUUGAAUAAUACUUUAUAAAAACAUACAUCUUUUUAUUCCUUUAUAGCUACAAAGUAAGGAACUUCCUAAGUCAAAUCUGACAAAAACUGAAACAACUGGAAAAUGAUCUUUCAUUUCUGUAAAAUUUUAUUGGUGAUCCAUCUUUAAAUAGUGCUUCUUUCUUGUAAAUGUAGACUAUAGGGCAGCACAGCUGAAAUUUUUUAGUAUCAACUAUUUUCAGAGUUCAAAGUCCAAAAUUUCACACACAUUUUUUGGAAUGAAAUUUGCCUAUAAAAAUAAAAAAAUUAAUGAUAGAAAUAUUUUUCAAAUGAGCUAUUCCUCUUAGUUGUAUAUUUUUUCUUCAUUUUCUUCUCUCAUUAUAAGACAAUGAAAUAUCUCCCAAGAUGCAUUUAAAGAACAAACAACUAACCACUGGUGAUGUUAUCACCAGCUUGACUGCUAGGUUGUUAGGUGAUUACUCAAAAUCUUAAUUAGGAAAAUAGAUAAAUAUGAAAAUCUACUAAGGAAGACAUGAAUAUCCAGUAUAGCAAUAACUCUGGCUGCUGUUAUUAAUUAUGGCUAAAUAUGUGAAAUAAUAGACCUAAUUAUUUUAGUUACAUGGGGUAGUAGUACAAGGAUUCUUAAUUAAUUUACCGACUACUUAUUGAAUGACUACUUUGUGCAACAUCCUGUGCUCUGUUCUAUGGAUGAACAUUUCCUUUCAUAGCACAUAUAGCUAAUCCUCAGGAAGGAAGAACAAGCAUAUAGCAUAUAGUCAAAGACAUUUGUCUUUGUCAGGAAGAUAAAAAUGGGUCAUAUCAAGAGAUCCCAUUUGAUUUAUUCCUUCUCAAUAGGCACCUCUUUCAUUGAUCUUUAUGGAAAGAUAAUAUUUCUUUACCUGUAAAGGUAAAUUUAAUAAGUGAAACUUGCAUAUGAAAGUCCAUAUUUCUAAGAAAUAUAUGUUUAUUGAAGGAAAAUAUGAGAACAAGGUACUUAAAUCAAUUUUUAUGUGAGUGAGUCUCAAUUUUUACUAAUUAUGUAACUAUUUCCAAAUCCUUUAAUUGUAUGCUUCUUUCAAGUCCCAUUGAAAUUGAAACUUUUAAACUGAACUAAUAUAAACAUCCUGAAGUGGAAAUUAAAGCAAAUAUUUGAUUGUUUGAGAAAGUUCAUUUUCAUUAAACAAGAGUGGAAUACUCUAGGCACUAUCAAGAAUAUUAUCUCUAAAAUUACUGCCCUGAUAAUUUUGUUGACAAGUCUAAAUUACAAUGGAAUUGAAGCUAGCAUUUAUCUGGUUCUUAAUGCUUCAUUUUUGUAUUCUACCUCUAAGAGUUUCUGUCAAUAUACGAGAUCUUAUUAAUGUAAAGCAUACUACAUAACUUUAUGAACAAAGGUUCCCAGACUGUAAUUGCUCCUUUAUUCAUAAAAGAAAGUGAAUUAUUUUAUCUUGUUUGCUUGAAUUUUUGUAUUACUGAGUUACUAGGUUUUUUUUUUUUAUGAAUCUCUGUGACGUAACAAUAGAAAUUUCAAAGGUUUUAAAAUACUUAGCUAUGCAUUCUUUUGCACGAAAUUAAGAAAUAAUUGAUGGACUUUCAAACAUAAUUUAUGAAGAAUUUUAAAGUCAUAAACACUUAUGAACCUAUUGCUAGGUGGAGAGGUAGAUUUCUUCAAUCUGAUGUAGUCAUGUCACUGAACAAAAGGCUCUCAGGAUAAAGGAGCAGUCUUUGCUUAGUAAAGAAUCAACUGGUAAUCUUCAUGAUCAGGGUAAUCUUUACAAGUAUAACUACUCUUGCUGUGUCUCCUAAAGUAUUAGUUAUGGGCCAAAAGAAAUCAUGAUGUGAGGUGUGUAUUGCAUUUUUGUUUUCUAUACUAGGUAGGAAAUGUGAUAUAAAAAUCAGCAUUCUUUAACUGAAUUUCUGGUUAUUGGAAAAAAAAUCUACUAUUGAAGUGAUAAGUCAAGCAGUUGUAGAUAAUAAAUAUAAAAUAUCACAUUUUUAUAAGCUGAAAAUAUCUCAUAUCUUUGAAAGAAUAGAUGUGUCAAUGAAAUAAUGUUUAUCUUUCAAUAUUUAAGAACAAUGGGGAAAUGUACUUCUGUUUCUGUUUAGUUUCAAUGUUUUGCUAGUGAAUUAUUUGAAGAAUAGUAUAUUUAUGUUUUGUGACAUAUCUAUUUUUUUGUCAUCUGUAACAGUUCAGUGGUUAAAUGGAAAACUUAAAAAUGACUAAUAGAAAUUUUGGAAAAUAAGUAAAAUAUCCUAUUUUUCCAGACAAAUUUAUAGCACUUUAAAAAUACUUUUUCAGUCAGGAAUCAGUUCACAUCACAGAUGAUGGUGAUAGUGCUCAUUGACAUGUUCCACAUAAAUAAAUCUAUUAUUAAUUUUUAAUCAGAGCACAGCUUAACUCUGACUUACAAUGAUGUGGAAGUUUGAAUCUGGGAAUUCUAAGCCUAAAUAAACCUGAAAAAGCAAACAAAAGUAAAAUAUACAAAAGUUAGUAGGAGAAAUAGUAAAAGUACAGACUAGAGGACUGUAUUGUUUAGGACCAGCUCAUCUACUGGUUUCUGUUAUCAUAACACCUGACUUCUCUUUUAAAUCUUUGCCAAUAGCCUAUAUAACUUUAACUAUGAAAGGAUUAUUAUUUGUUAUUUACAUCAUGUUUUAGCCAGUUCCAGUGGCAUCUGUAUUAGGAGAUGCUUUAAUAAGAUAUCAGAAAAGUAUGAUAUAACAUGCAGUAUUAAUGUUUCUGUGAUCAUCUACAGGAAGAAAAUUGCUGAAAAAAUUGUUUGGUUAAUUUUAUAUACUUAAUUUAUUCUUUAUUAAAUUGUUACUUAUUUAAAUUGUUAUUAGAAACCAUUUAGAGUAAAAAAUCAUGUUAGCAUAAUAUACUUUCCAUCUUUUAAAAAUAGAUGUGAUCAUAAUUCAAAUUCUUUAGCAUCACCAAAAUCUUUUUUAAACAGAAACUUAAAAUUUUACUAAAUUUUUUUGCAUAUCUUUGAACAGUCACAUGUUUUACAAGAAAUGUUACUACUGUAGUGUUAAGACUUUAUUAAACAAACAACUAUUUAAAGU